AUGUCCGAGUUUGAGGAGAUGCGCCGCCAAUUGACCCAGCUCAGCCUCCAAAGAACGCGGAGCAGGACUUCAACCACUACUGGGCGACCUAGGAUGUCAUUUAAGCGCUCACGGACUCAGCCAGAGCGACCUCGGACUCGGUCAACGAGGCGUCCAAGCGAGGCCACUGGCGCAACCGCUGAUGACGAUAAGGAGGCUGGGCCAGAGGAUGACGACGAGGAGGACGAGUUCGCGCUUGGCGACUUCCUACGGGAUGGGCAUUUCGAGAAGCGCACUCCCGAAGGCCAUUCAGCGAAGAAGGUCGGCGUGGUCUACAAGAACCUCACCGUGAAGGGCAUCGGCGCAACCGUGGCGUUCACCAAGACCUUGCCUGAAGCGAUUAUCGGAACAUUUGGUCCAGACCUUUACAAUCUGGUCUGUCGCUUUAUCCCUUCGUUAAGAUUUGGCAAGAAACCCCCAACAAAGGAUCUUAUUAAGAACUUCUCGGGUGUUGUUCGGGAUGGAGAAAUGAUGCUUGUACUCGGCCGACCUGGUUCCGGAUGCUCGACCUUCCUCAAAGCGAUAGCCAACGAACGAAGAACUUUCGCUGCAGUUGAUGGUGAAGUGAUAUAUGGCGGCAUCUCUGCGACCGAGCAGAAGAAGUAUUACAAAGGCGAGGUCAACUACAACCCCGAAGAUGAUCAACACUUCCCCGAUCUGAAUGUCUGGCAGACGUUGAAGUUCGCUCUCACGAACAAGACGAGAAAGCACGAAGGGGGAUCCAUUCCCGUGAUCAUUGAUGCGCUGCUGACAAUGUUUGGCAUCACCCACACCAAGUACACCAAAGUUGGCAACGAGUACGUGCGAGGUGUCUCUGGCGGUGAGCGUAAGCGUGUCGGCAUUGCUGAAACUCUGGCUACAAAAUCCACUGUCGUCUGCUGGGACAAUUCGACUCGUGGCCUCGAUGCUUCUACCGCCCUCGACUAUGCGAAGUCACUGCGCGUCAUGACUGAUAUCUCCAACCGCACUACUUUCGUCACUUUGUAUCAGGCUGGCGAGGGUAUCUAUGAGCUUAUGGACAAAGUGCUCCUGAUCGAAGAUGGCCGGAUGAUUUAUCAGGGACCAGCCAAUGCUGCCCGGCAGUACUUCGUCGACCUUGGCUAUCAUGCGCCCAACCGUCAGACGACAGCGGACUUCCUGACAUCGAUCGGCGACCCUAACGAGCGUCAAUUCCAGUCUAAGGUUGAGCUUGCCUCCAUACCCAAGACUGCUGAAGAACUGGAGGGAGCAUUCAAAAAGUCUCAAAUCUGGAAAGACACCCUGUCAGACGUUGAGCAAUACGAACAGAAGCUACAUGCUGACGAAUGUGCCGAUACACGCCAAUUUCAGCAGGCUGUCUCUGAACAGAAGUCUAAGUCUCUUCUCGAUAAGUCUCUCAAGCGAUCCAGCUACACAGUGUCGUUCUGGCGUCAGGUUUUGGCCUGCACACAGCGCGAAUUCUGGCUUCUCUGGGGUGACAAAUCCUCGCUCUACACUAAGGCCUUCAUCAUCGUCGCCAAUGGCCUCAUUGUAGGCUCACUUUUCUACGGGGAAAGUUUCGGUACCGGUGGUGCUUUCUCUCGUGGUGGCGCUCUAUUCUUCUCGAUCCUCUUCCUUGGCUGGUUGCAACUGUCAGAAUUGAUCAAAGCUGUGUCUGGCCGAGUUGUGAUUGCUCGACACCAAGAAUAUGCCUUCUACCGCCCGUCAGCUGUGGUAAUUGCACGGGUCCUUCUCGAUAUCCCGGUCAUCGCAGUCCAGUCCAUUGUUUUCACGAUCAUUCUGUACUGGAUGUCGAAUCUGGCUGUUGAUGCAGGCAAGUUCUUCAUUAACUUGCUCUUUGUCUACGUCACCACGAUCUGUAUAACGGCUCUUUACAGAAUGUUUGCAGCCUUAAGCCCGAGUAUCGACGAUGCCGUGCGCUUCUCAGGAAUCGCUCUCAAUCUUCUCAUUAUCUACGUUGGCUACGUUAUUCCGAAACAGACACUUACCAGCGACGUCAUUUGGUUCGGCUGGAUUUUCUAUGUGAACCCAGUCUCAUAUGCGUAUGAGGCGGUUCUGACCAACGAGUUUGCCGGCCGCACCAUGGAGUGUGACCCAGCGCAGCUUGUUCCUCAAGGACCUGGCGUUCGGCCUGACUACCAGGGCUGUGCUUUAACUGGUGCAACGCCCAAUUCGAACACUGUGAGCGGCACGGACUACUUCUCAACUUCUUUCAGCUACUCGCAUUCCCAUGUCUGGCGCAACUUCGGUGUCAUCAUCGCGUUUACGGUACUAUAUAUCUUGAUCACUGCAUUCGCCUCCGAACUCUUCUCCUUCGCUCAAGGCGGAGGCGGUGCUCUGAUCUUCAAGAAGACGAAGAAGUCGAAGAAGAUCGCCGAAGCCGAGAACAAAACGGUGGACGAGGAGUCACCUAUGCCAGCGGCCCCACAAGCGUCUGCCAGCCAGUCUUCUGGUACUCUCGAGGGCGAGAAGGACAAAGUCGCCCAAGACAUUUCUGGCAGCAAGUCGGUAUUUACUUUCGAGGAUGUGACGUACGAGGUUCCAUACCAAGGUGGUACUCGCAGGCUGCUCAACAAUGUCAACGGCUAUGCCCAACCGGGCAAGAUGAUCGCGUUGAUGGGUGCAUCCGGGGCCGGCAAGACUACACUUCUCAAUACCCUGUCUCAGCGUCAGAAGAUGGGUACUGUUGGUGGAGAUAUGCUUGUCGAUGGCCGCCGGCUAGGCGUCGAUUUCGCACGUGGAACUGGCUUUUGCGAACAGAUGGAUCUCCACGACAUGACUGCGACGGUUCGCGAAGCCCUGGAAUUCUCUGCUCUGCUACGCCAGGACCGCCAUGUCCCUCGCCAGGAAAAGCUUGACUACGUGGAAAAGAUCAUUGAACUUCUUGAGCUUCAUGAGAUUGAGGACGCCAUUAUCAUGUCCCUGGGUGUCGAGCAGCGCAAGCGCUUGACAAUUGGCGUUGAACUGGCGGCGAAACCUGAUCUGCUUCUCUUCCUUGACGAACCGACAUCAGGCCUCGAUGCUCAGUCGGCCUUCUCUAUCGUUCGAUUUCUGAAGAAGCUCUCUCAUGCCGGCCAAGCUAUUAUUUGCACCAUUCACCAGCCCUCGUCGAUGCUCAUCCAACAAUUCGACAUGAUUCUCGCGCUAAACCCCGGCGGCAAUCCAUUUUACUUUGGCCCCGUCGGCGACAAUGGUUCUGCCGUCGUCAAAUAUUUUGCCGAUCGUGGCACACAAUGUCCUCCCAACAAAAACGUGGCCGAGUUCAUUCUGGAGACGGCCGCGAAGGGUGGCACCCGUAGCAAGGAUGGUAAGCGUGUUAACUGGAACAAGGCCUGGGUCGAGUCCGAUGAGAAUAAGGCGAUGCUUGAGGAGAUCCGACGACUCAAGGAUACCCGCAGCAAGGAAGUUGACGAUCACCCCAACGAUCAGAAAGAAGUGGUCGCGUUCGCCGCCCCCAUCUGGGAGCAGACGUACCUCCUUACUAAGCGUACCUUUACCCAGUACUGGCGCGACCCUUCAUAUCUCUACGGCAAGAUCUUCGUGUCUGUCAUUAUCGGCAUUUUCAAUGGCUUCACAUUCUACAAUCUCGACAACAGCAUCGCGUCGCUGCAGUCCCGUCUCUUCACGCCUUUUCUUAUCCUACUGAUUCCCCCAACCAUAGUGAAUGGUGUGGUGCCUAAAUUCUUCAUGUCUCGCGCUUUAUGGGAGGCACGCGAGCACCCGUCACGCAUCUACGGCUGGUUUGCGUUCUGCACCGCGCAGGUUGUCGCAGAGAUUCCAAUGGCCGUCAUUUGCAGCGUCAUCUAUUUCCUCCUGUGGUACUUCCCCACCGGACUGCCGCGGAACAGUGCCACUAGUGGCUACGUAUUCUUCAUGACCAUGCUUUGGUUCUUCUUCCAAGCAAGUUGGGGGCAGUGGAUCUGCGCGUUCGCGCCCAGCUUCACCGUCAUCAGCAACGUGCUCCCGUUCUUUUUCGUUAUGGUUUCGAUCUUCAACGGCGUGGUUCGGCCGUACGAAGCUCUGCCAGUCUUCUGGAAAUACUGGAUGUACUGGGUCAAUCCGUCGACAUGGUGGAUCGGGGGCGUGCUUGCAGCAGUACUGGGCGACCAGGUUGUCGAGUGUGCGCAGGGCGAGACGACCAUCUUCAACGCUCCUCCAGGCCAGACCUGUGGAGACUACGCUGGCGACUUCAUCAGACAGGGCAUGGGUUAUAUCACGAACCCAGACGCUACGAGUGACUGUGGAUAUUGUCCUUAUGCCAACGGCGCAGAAUACCUGAGCACAAUCAACAUCAGUCCCGGCGACAAGUGGCGCGACCUGGGAAUUUUUGUGGUGUUCGUCUUUAGCAAUUGGGCGUUGGUCUAUGUCUUCAUCUACUGCUGCCGUGUCAAGGGCUGGACUUUUGGUAUGGGCCCACUAUUCAGCUAUGCCGGUCGUGCGGUCGAUGGUGUGAAAGGGCUGUUUUCGAGGAAGGAGUCAGCAGGAGAGGCCAAGAAGGUUGAGGCUUGA